UUUUAUUAAACCAGAAUGACGAUGUUUGGACGAAACGGUGGAAUAAGACUUGGUUCAGGGGGAGUAACACCUGGUUCAGGGGGCGUGGCACCUGGUUCAGGGGGAGGGGGAGGGAUAAAAGAGAGACGGAUUGCUGUUAAAUGUUUAGAAAUGGAGGAAAUGUUGGAGAAACAAGGGCAUUCUCAACGCGAGAUAGAGAAUAAAGUUUCAUCUUUUCGAAACGUUCUUCUCCGGCAGUUGUCUAACAACAGCAACAACAACAACUUGAAGGAGAAGAGGAGGGACGUAUCGGAGAUAGUUCUAGGAAACCAGAACAAACAGAGCUCCAGUCCUGUCAGAGAACCUAGGAAGAGGAAAAAGAAGAAGAGAAAGGUAUCCAAAGACCGGAAGAAGAGGAAGAGAGAGCGGAGAAGGAAGAAAUACUGUUCCUCUCCGUCCUACUCAGAUUAUGAACCGGAGAACCCCUUCCUGCGCCUAAGAACCAAGGGGACUAAUGUUACGGAGGAGACUGCGAGCAAACUUAACCAUCAUAAGCAGUUGACAUCAUCCUUAGUAGAUCAGGAACGUGGACGGAAACGUAAAAUAACUCGUUCCUUCUCAAGAUCUAGAUCAAGGUCGGAUUCAAGGUCUAGAUCAAGGAGCAGAUCAAGGAGUAGGUCUAAGAGGAAAAGAGAAUCAAGAUCAAGACAUAGGCACAGGAAAUCAAGAUCAAAGAAGAGUCGAAAGAAAAAGGAAAAGAAGAAUGGUGGGAAGAAGGAAAGAGAAGAGGAUGAAAACUCGGUUAAAAUAUCCCCCCCAGUGACCGGAGAUGGUAAAAUCUAUCCUAAACUUCUGCCUAAACGUAUACUUCUCAGCCUCAACGGUUCAGAGGUCGCAGAUCAAGCCGACUCUCGUUCCUCGUCAAGAAAGAAAGACAAGAGAAAGGGCAAGAACGAAGAUACUGAAUUAAAACCUGAGGAUGGAAAUAUUAUUUUCACCAAAAUUGAGGAUAUCCCAACCCGUCCUCCUACUCCGAAAGUAGAGAAUAAAUUUGAGAAAAACACUUUCGUAAGUUCAGAUGAAAUUGCGAGCGCCCGAAAACAACCAAAUCACGCACCUAAACUAUCUUUUGAGAUUAGUGUUAAUUCAAAAAAGAUUCCUACGCCGGCAAAAAUCUCAACAUUUGCAGAGCUGUCAAAGAAACUUGGAAACCGAAAAAAGAUUCGACAGAACGGCGGGAAGGGGUUCUUCUAUGAGCUGAAAGAAGAGAAGAAGUUGCCUCCUCUUGAGGAUCAUAUUCAGGAUAUGAAAAAUGACGAUCUUCUUCUUGACGAUAUCGAUAAAGAGCUGGAGGAGAGCUUCAAACAGUUUAAAGAUCCAGAGAUAGUGAUCUCUUUGUCAAGAUCAGUUUCCCGAUCAAGGUCAAGAUCAGGAUCAAAAUCAAGAUCUAGAUCAUCAUCAAGAUCAGGAUCAGGAUCUGAUUACUCAAGAUCAAGCUCAAGAUCAUAUUCCCAAUCACGAAGUCGAUCAAGAUCAUACAGUUCCAGAUCAAGAUCAAACACAUACUCACUAACUUCCUCCAGGUCAAGAUCAAGAUCAAGAUCUAACCCCCGACCAAAAUCACGAUCCCCCUCAAUCCAACGAAGAAAGGGAUCUCCGAGUUUCCUGGAUCGAAGAAGAAUUACCAGUGCAAGGAAGCGUCCUGUUCCUUAUCAAAGACGAACUCCAAGUCCUUCACCUUCAUCCUCUAGUAGAAGUAGUAGUAGCUCUAGCAGGUCAGGGAGAAGCUGGAGUAGGGAUUAAUGAUCCUGGGACUUAACACAAGGAAUGAUCUGUUUUACUCUGAUUACUUCCCAGAGCAAGAAUAAGAGCUCUGAGUAGUCUUUUUGGUUCGAGAAAUAACAUGUAAUCUCCUCUGUAGCUCUUUGAGUCUUGCACUAGAUCGUAGAGAGAAUCUCUGAUACCUGGUUUAAUUUCCGGUCAAUUUUUACCUAUUUGUAUGACCCUUAUCAACUGCAGAGCGUGUCCAGUAACGGACUUGCUCAAGUACAAUGAUAUGAUCUCCGGACACAUCUGCUCUCAUUACUGUAGGAGUACCCAGAGAAUAAUUGCUUAUAGAACCCAGAGUACGAACAUGUUUGCUCUAAUACUCUUAUAGACAGUUUGCAGACAGGAAACUCCGAUAGAACCCAGAGGAGGGACGGGUUUGCUCUAUUACUCUGGAGAGUAUUACUAUACACUAUCAAAGAAGAACUUCAAAUAGAACCCAUGCAGAGGAGAAACGGGUUCGCUGUAUUCUUUAGAAAGUACCAAGAACUUGAAAUAGAAUCUAGAGCAGGGACGGGUUUGCUCUAAUACUUAAGACAGUGCAAAGACCAGAAACUCUAAUAGAACCCAGUGGAAGGAUGGGUUUGCUCUAUUACCCGGGAGACUACCAAUCCUACCAAGAAAAGAAAUACAAAUAGAACACAGAGCAGGGACAGGUUUGUUACAUUACUCAAGACAGUUUUCAAAGCAGGGUGGGUUUGCCUCAUCACUCAAGGCAGUAUCCAAUAAUCCAUAGCAGAACGUGGGUUCUUCGUUAUUCUAGACAGUACCAGGAGAAAAACUGCUUAUAAACCUCGAGUAAGUACUGGUUUACGCCCUUACAUUUAUCAGUAACAGAACUGAAAAUAGUUUCCAAAUCACGGGGACAGGUAUUUUCUCCCAUACUAAAGACAGUACCAAGACUCAAGAGCAGAGCUGGAAAUAGAACCCAGACCAAAGAAAUAUGUGAUCUAGUCAUUUUGGUUGUUCCACAGGAAAAGAACAAAAAAUUUCCUGCAAAUGAAUUUUUUUUUUUUUAUCAUUUAUUGAUCUUAUUCAUCUGAAAAAUUACUCAUUUAUAUAUAUGUAUUAUGUAUGUAUGUAGUUAAAAAUAUCUAAUAGUAUUGACAUAUUAUACUAGAGCUAACGAAUUAAAUUUGAACAAAAAACAUUUCAAACUUUAGAAUAAAAAUUGUUGUGAUUUAGAAAUAGACAUUUUAUUCUGUAUCAGUGGCGCAACUAGGGGGGGGGCGAACCGAGUUUCGCCCCCCUCAACAAAUUUCGUCCCCAUCUCGCCCCCCCCCCUCACUUGACACCAGCAUAAUCAUGAUUGUGGACCAUCUUUUGUAAAAUUUUGUCAGUGAAGAAAAAAAAACACCAAAAUUUUUCUUCGCUACUUCGCGCAUCAUUUCGAAUAUAAUUUCUUACUAUUUUCUCGUUUUCGACUUAAAGAAAGUCAGUCAUUCUUAAUUUAUCCCCACUAAAAAACAUGUUUAUAUGUUACUUCUCGUGAGUGUGUUACAAUACAUAUACCAUUUAAUGUUACACCAAACCUGAAAACCUAAGAAGAAUAACAAGAAAUAUAAUAAGGAUUGUAUCAGACUAUUAGGACUUAUGCAGACUUAAGGAGGAAAACAGGGUAAGCCCCUUACUGGCAUAAAAGGACAGAGGGACUUCGAUCAGAAAGACUAUUAUGGAUUAUGGACAGACGAAAUAUAUAGUCAAAUACUGCCAGGAAUACUUAGGACUGCACAGACCUACGAUUAAGGGACAUAUAUAUAGUAUAGUGUAGUGUAAAGUGGACAAAUAUGACUAGUGGAUGAAUUACAAAAAAAACUGCUGUAGACUGUAAAGGGGACUUUAUAUACAAAGUGAAUAUGUCUAAGCUAGGGACUAACUGACACUAAGAAAUACAUGAAAAGACACUAGAAGAGUCAAAUUUUUGACGCUUCGCGCUCAUGAUUAAUUUACUGAUGUCGUUUAUUAUAAAUCUGUUGGAAGUAUAUUUUUUUAAACACAAGAUCAAGCCAUGGAUAUUACAAGCAUUUGGUAUAAUAUUGAGCACAGUGCCACUGCAAACCCUCCAGCAAAUAAAAAAUGCUGUUUUUCACUUAAAAUCCUGAAAUUGCAACGGUUUUAUGAAAACAUUUUCGACCGGGGGCUAGCCCCGACACCAGCCCAUCAAAAUUUUAUUCCGCCUCCCCUAAGUGCUAGUUCCGCCAUUGACUGUGUAUUCAAAACCACGACAAGAACAUAUAAUACGAAAAAAAACUAUUGUUCAGGAAUCCAAUUCAUUCAGCAAUGAUUCUUUUUAAAUUAAAUCAAUGUGAUUGCUCAUAUUUAUACUUAGCUAGUCAUAGUCUCAAGGUCGUAGAAUAAGUGACGUCAUAUUAGGUUUUCAUCUAUAUAUCUUUGGAGACGUCAUUUUCCGUAAAUUGGAGCUCUUUGAAAGUAAUCUUAAAUAUACAACCUUGCAUAAUCUAGUCUGAUUUAAUCAUUUAAUAUAUUAAUAUUUUUAUAUUGUACGCUGUACAGGGUUAUCCAUACAAAACUUUUAAAGACUUUUAAAACCCUCAAAAAAAUUGUCUGGCCUUCUGAUCAAAAUUGUAAAAUGGUAUUAAUUAUUGAGGUCAAAAACAUCUAUUAUUGAGCAGCCGAAGGCAGCUGCAUUUUUUAGACAUAAAGCAAAAUAAAAUCUAAGAAGUUUUUAAAUUUUCACUCUGUGGGUAACUCGAAUAUAUAUUGUCUAUGUGCAAUUACUUGUAUGUGGGCUUCAAGCCACAAUUGACAAAAUAAAUUUUUCUUAGGCUA